AUGCCAUCCAAAUUAGGACUUGUGCUCCCUCUAGAAUUAGCCAAAAAGGACCAGAAGACCUUUUGCAGCUUCAGCUUUGAUCUCUUCAUCUUUGACUGUCACAGAAUCAUCAUUCAGUCCAAUAGAAGUAAUUUUGCACCUACUCAUCUUGUAAAUGGAUUUGAGGAAGAGCUCCUUCCUAUGCAUCCUAAAGGAGCAAUCAAGAGGAAGUAUUCUGCAGACAACGCAUGCCUAAUCUCUGAGGCAGAUAAUGUGACUUCACUAACCAUUGAGGAGAGAUUCUUAAUUCCAUCUUAG